AAGGACGUUGCGGUAGAGCGGUGUGUCGCUGCGGGAAGAACGCUACAGAGGCCGAACAGCUGAUCGAUCAGCACGGCAAUCGGCUUUCGCCCGAAGGAUUAUUAUUAUCUAUGCGCUACGAAGCCGCGCUACGAGUUUGAUCCUCCUCGAUUCCGACUCAUUGUCAUUAAAUGACUUCGCGCUGCUUAUAAGAAGUGUAUAUACAUACACUUAUAUAUAUCUAUAACGCUGCUGUUGAUCCACCGAAAGAGAACGAGCCAGUCUCCAAAGCUCCUCUUCGUAAAAAGAAGGUCUUCUUUGUUCGUUGCCGCUGCAGUGUAAGAAUCGCUGUGGAGUGGAUAGCGGCGAGGUGCCGAGGCGAGUUUAGAGUCCGUUGUACGUAGCUGGCGAACUGCAUCGAUUGUGAGAUAGCUGGAGAAACGGAAAGACAGGAAGAGGGAGAAGGGGGGAGAGAGAGAGAGAGAGAGAGAGAGAAAGAGAGCGAGCGAGAGACGGAUUCGAAAUCCGAAGGUAUUAUACGGCAGCCACAGGUAUAAUACUUGGGUCACGUCAAGGAGCGUCGUUUGCCGAGCUACGUUCCUCCUUCGCGGCCAGGUAACCCAAGUUUCGAGACCCAGCGCGGCGCAGCAAUUUCCUCGCGCAUAUUAUACCCACAGCUUGAGAGCUCGAAUAUCCGAGGAGACGUGCGGGGAAUAACGGAGGGGGGAAGGAACGCCGUGGGCAGGCAGGCACGCGAUUUCUUCUGUGUCAUCUACAUACAUACACACGUGCACACAUGCACGGACUUAUACCAGGAGUGACGUGUACGCGGAGCUAGCAGCGGUGGACAACGUUAACCAGCGUGUGCCGUCGUCGUCGUCGUCGUGCACUUAUUAUAGCGAGGCGUUGAAAUCUGGAACGAACGCCAGCCAGUCGCAGUCGGAACGAGCCGCAGCCGAGCCGAGCGAGCCAAGCCCUUCGUACCGAGCUGAACGAGCGAGCGGUUGCUUGCAGAGAGAUAUUCGGUUCGGUGGGAAAGCCCAAAGUGUGCGUUGUUCGUACUCUCGUUUAGUUCGUGUUGGUGUGUCGUCGUCGUCGUCGUUGGGUUGAGUAUAACCGCGGACCCGGUGCCACCGCCGCUGUCUGAGGAGCAGUUGUGUGUCUGUCUCUCGAGCUUAGACUGCUUCUGCCGCCGUUGCUGCUGUUGCUGCUGUUGCUGCAGCACCGAUUCACCGCUGCAUACGCUCGGUUUCGCUUCACGAUCCGUCGGCUCUCUGUAUCUGCGUAAACCACGUGAAAUUGUUGCAUAGAUUUACAGUUGCGUGUUAAACUACUAGCCGGCUUUACGUGCAGGAAUAAUUACACACAAGCACACGUACAGACACACACAGACAUAUAUAUAUCGUUGUAUCAACACAUACCGAGGGAAGUGACUACAUACUUGACCCCCAGGAGGCUCGGAGAGCUACUCCAACCGAUCGACCAUUGGGGAGAGCACACCAGCCAGCGGCGUUGGAAUACUCAGGUGUGAUGGGGCUUACUGACGCCAGCAAGUAUGAGCUGAGACAGCAUAACUAAUUAGGACUGGCAUGGAGAAAGAGAACUCCGGAGGGAGCGCGGACAACGCGCCAGGAGGGACCUCGACCUCCGCGUCUGCGGCUUCGGUUACAUCAGGUUCAGCUGCCGAAAAAAUUCAGGCAGAUCAAGCGAACCCUUUGCUGGACCCGACAGCUCUCUUCAAUGCAUACUGGCCUAGAGGAGACAGCUCAACAUCAUCGCUGUUCAGUGGAAUGCCAGGUGGUUACAGUCUGAGUCCUCAUCAUUUGCCAUCUGCUUAUGCGAUACUUGGUCGGGGUGGUUCAGGGCAGGGAUAUGGAGGUCAUACUCCCACCUCUGCGCCACCGCCACCACCGUAUUCCCAUAGCAGUUUAGGCACCUUGAGUGUGGCUGCGAGUCAGGCCGCUAGUCUGGGUAUCAAUCCAGCUAGUGCAGCAUGGUGGACUAUGGCCUCGCAUCUUGCUGCACAUGAUUACCUUGCGAGGUUACAAGGAGCCGCCGGGCUCCCCAGCUUUCCACCCAGCGCAGAAAGCUUACUGCCACCGUAUCCUGGCUCAUUGCUCAAUCCGCCACCGUUAUCAUCUCACAAGUCCAAUAAAUCUAAAUCUAGUAAGAGCCAUAAGACUCCCGCAAGUAGUAGUUCCGCAACAGCUAGUCUGACGAGCAGUUUGGCCGUGAGUCAAACACCAAUCUCGCAUCACAGUACUUCAACUACUAGUACGUCUAAUUCGCAGACGAAUGUUGUCAGCUCUUCUAAGGAAGGAAGUGACCCCAGCAGUAUUUUGGGUGGUGUUCGGCUUCCACCAGAUACAGAAAUCAUCAAGUACACGUCCAGUAUAGUCGGUCCCAAGAUUCCCGGAACGACAAAUCGAGGGAGAAAGAAAACGAUUUCACUUGACACUCCAAGUGUCAGCGUUCAUCCGCCGCCUCUACCGGCUAUAAGUGCUCAUCAAACUAAUACUUCUUCCUCUCUCAUGCUAGACCCUCGAAAAUAUAAUCGAACUGGGAAUGAUGCGAAUGACUACAGAGAUUCCGUUGAUAGGGUGGAAGUAAUUAAAUUACCUGCACAUUCAACAAACGGAUCAGUCCUUACAGCACCGCCUACAUAUACCACCAGUAAUACGAGUAAUACCAGUGAUACAGAUGCGCCUCUCAAUCUUUCGUUGAAACCUGCAUCAACUUGUAGCAGUACACCCAUAACUGGAAUUCAAGCUCUUACUCAGCUGAGCAAUUUGAGCCAGUCUCUUUUAGCUUCAGACCGAACGUCACGGCGGAAGCCUGGUCCAAAACCGAGACGAGUGCCGCAGAAUUCGGUCCCCGUACCUGCCUCACCUAGUCCAUCGCUUGCUCAGCUUUUUGCCGCUGCUGAUUCACCGCAAAGGCCAAGCAGCGGCAGCGAAGAAAAUGAUAGCAUGACAGCCCACCACAAAGAUGGGCGACCUAGAAAUCUUGGCCGCGGUGUGUCGAAGCCGAAGAAGAACACUGUUGCAUCCCUGUUAGCUCAAAGUAGAGCGCUUGGUAUUAAACCCACACCUGCUUUAGAUCCUAGUGCGCCAUUAGCGCAUCAGGUGUCUCUGCUUAGAUCUAACAUAUUCGCUGCGCAGUUGCAUGCAAGUACAGGAUUGUUGGAUGAGAAGAUGCAGGAAAAAAUGAAGAACAAACUUCUGGAAGUGUCCGGAGAAGAGAGCAAUAUGGAUGUGACAAGCGAAAGUGGCAGUAAUACAGACGUAGUUACAGACACUGAUGACGACAACGUCGAAGGAAUACCUAGUGCUAAAAAGAGAAAAUUGAAUCCUAGUGAAAAAGAUCUGCAACUAGCUUUGGAUCAUGGAUGGAAACGCGAAACCGUUAUCAAAGGACUUGGAAAGACAGGUGUUAUUAAAGGAGAUGUUACUUACUACAGCCCUUGUGGAAAAACAUUCAGAAAUACUCUUGAGCUUCUAAAAUUUCUGGAACAACAGAAUUCCACGGAGCUCACUACUGCUAACUUUUCAUUCUCGUCGCGACCACUGGUCGGUGAAUUUCUGCAACCAACAAUGGGUUUAGCUGAGGCGGAAUUCGUCAGACUUGGAUCCCAAGAAGUUGCAAGAAGAUUGGAAGAGUUAAGGGUAGCAGGAGGUCUGCGUGAUGCCAGACCAAACAAUCAAUACGACAGAGAUAAAUUGGCUUAUGCUAAGAAACUGGCUAAAGAAGAAGCUCAGAGAUACAAAGAGCAAGUUAGGCUAAUAAAGGAACAAGAGAAGUCUGAGAGGCAAGAGGCGGUGAGGCGAGAGCGAGAACUCAGAAACCAACAGCUGCUCGAAGGUCGCAAGCGCCUAGCAUUCACGAUCAAACAGAAAAUGAAGAUCAUCCAGGAGAUCGAGUGCGGAAAGAGCAAGAGCGACGUGGCGCGAGAGCUCGGAUUGGCUAGCAGUACCGUUGCGACGAUUUGGAAGAAUCGUGAAAGUAUCACAGAAAGUUGGCGAAAUAGAGACGUAAUGCAGAUGGAAGAUACUGAUUUGAAAAAAGUGACGUCAAUCCCAGAGGUGCAACAGGUCCAGAAGCAAACGCAAAACCAUGAGUUGCUGGAGGCGCGGAGAAAGAGGCAGGAGGAGAUGGAGAAGAUUCGCAUGGAAGAACAACAACGAAAGCAGCAGGAAAGAGAACUAAAAAGACAGCAAGCUGUGAUGCUUAAGGAACAGAUGUACAUGCAGGAGCUGAGCAAGCAGCGCGAGAUGCUCUACACCGUCGAGCUGGAAAGAGAGAGGAGACGACAACACAUGGCAUUAGUGAGGGCAUUGGAGAAUCGUAGAAGAAUGGAAGAACGAGAAAAGAAACGACUAGAAGCUAGAGCUGAACGAAUUGCAAAUAAAGAAAAGCGUAUCGAGCAGAGGAAACUUGAAAUGGAAUUGAUUGAACAGAUCAGGAAACCCGUUGAAGAUACGGAAUUGACGGAUCAAAAACCUCUGCCAAAGUUGAAUAGGAUACCAGGUUUGAAAUUAUCUGGUCAAGCAUUCGCCGACAUCGUCAUGGUGUUUGAAUUCCUGCACAAUUUUGGCGAAACACUUGGUUUUGAUAUGGAGUCACUACCUAGUUUGAAAAGUCUUCAACUAGCUCUUUUGAACGACGAGGAAGCUGAAGAGGAAUUAUUGUCUGUGAUGACACAUCUUUUAGUUUGUGCAAUAGAAGAUCCCGGAAUUCCACAACCAGCACGUCAUACUACUGGCUUAGGACAAAGUCUACGUCAAGCAGAUAUAACUCAUGCCAAUAUCAGUGAAGUUCUGAGAAUUUAUUUAUACGCAAACGCUACUGGUGAAGUCAAGGCUUUGACUGGCGUUUGCCUAGAGCGUGAAAGGGAUAAGAAAUUUGCUGAUCACCAUCAGAAUGGUGGUGACAACAAUUCGAGCUGCUCCGGAAAAAAUGCUCAGUUCUAUGAACAUUUGCACAGUAACGAGACAUGGAAAAUGUCCGAGAAACUGAGAGAUAAACCAUUUUUAGCUUUAAAUCCAACUGAAAAAGCACAAAUGCUUGCAUUUCUGUGCAAUGAGUUACUUCAAAAUAAGGCUGUGAUAAAACAAAUUGAAGGGAGCUUAGAAACUUUAGCGCAGAUGAAAAAAGAGAGAUUCGUUCUGGAUACUAAGAUCAGAAAACUCAGACAACUACACAACAGAAAAGUACGCAUGGAAGCAGUGGGUGUUAUAGUGAACAAGUCUGGCGAUACAAUAACAAUAGAGAAAAAAGAAGGAGACGAGGAAUGUAACCCAUCAACGGCUGCCGGAGCCACACCUACUUUGGAUGAAAUACACCAAGAGGACGAGGUCGAAGACAUGUCAGAAAAUGAAAGUGAAGGCACUCAACCUGAAGAGGAGGAAGAUAAGAAUCUAUCUGGAGAAGAAUUGGGAAAGAAACUAGAUCGUCUUUUGAAAAAUUCCGAAGAACAACUACAAAAAUUGAACAGUUCGUCGAAACAACUUCGCGCUCAUGUGUUGGGGCAGGAUAGGUAUUGGCGAAGGUACUGGGAGCUGCCGUGUGCAGGCGGUAUAUAUGUUGAAGCAAUGGAAAGUGCAGAGCCCGAAAUUCUUGAUGUUCAAGCUGUACUAGACGUAAAUUAUAAACCUACACCCGAAGAUGAAGAGAUACAAGAGCAGGAUAUGGUAGAAGAAACGACAGAAAAGAAAGACCUCAAUGAUGAAGUGUCGAAACAGUCGCCGACAGAUGACAAACCAUGUCCCGAGGGAGUUGAGAAUGUUGAAGUUAAGUCUGAACUUGAUGAUGUUAAAAUGGAAGUUGAUGAAGUUAGCUGCAAGGAAAAACUUGAAAAUUCCAUAAAAGAGGAUUUAACGAGUGUGAAAAAUGAAGUUAAAGUGAAUAUUGACAGUAUUAAAUCUGAUGCGAAAACAAAUGUCACAUCCGAAGAGAUUAAACAAGAGACUGAAGUCCAAAAUAUUGAAACCGCAACUGAGCAAAUAAAGAAUGAAGAAAAUAAUACAGAUGAAGAAAUAACCGGUUCGGCCACGAAAACUAUGGAAGAUAAGAUUGUAGAGACUAUACCGAAUGGCGAAAAAUGUAACCAUGUAAAUAAUUCUCACUACCCAAAUGGCAAAGAAUUGAAUGGAACAUUUAUUUGCGGUGGAAAUACUGAGCCUGUUUGGUUUUCUAUUUUCCCUCGGGAAACCUGUGAUACACCAGGCUCGUGUACCAAGGCUAUUUUUGGAAUAGCAGAGACAACAGAACUCAGGAUACCUGUAUUUCCUCCGCCUUCUAGUCCAUCCUAUGACAGGUGUGAUAGUCCAGCACCCUUGGUUUUAACUCAGGAUGAAGCUACUCAGUUAGAACACUUGAAAGUCCAUGGUUUGCCUCCAGCUGGCGAUCCGAAACCAGUACCAGAAGAACUCCGGUAUGGUUGGUGGAGAGUAUCAGACAUUGAUACUUUUCAAGCGUUGUUGGAGAAACUUCACUCCCGUGGUGUGCGAGAAAAAGAACUGAAACGGACGACUUGGGCAACGAUGGAAUCUUUCUUAGCUAUAACAGGGAAAAUUCACGUUGACCCUGGUAAUACUGCAGCUACAGAUUUACAAGGGGAUGAUGAUGAGAAAGACAUUCCUACGCCAAGACCUGAUAAGCCUGAUGACUGGAGUGAACAAGUAGCUUUGCGAGUCGAUGCUCAGCUACUGGAGCAGGUUGAAGCACUCGAAGACAAGGUUGCCAAUGCCAGUAUGCAAGUUAAAGGCUGGAAGUUACCACCCAGAUCUGGUACAGACGAAGCCGAGGAAUUAGAAAAAAUUAAUGAAGUUGAACAAGUUAGUGCUGUUGAACAAGCAAGACAAAGGCUAUUAUCAUUAGAGGCAGCAAUCGAGAGAAGGUAUCUUAAACCACCUCUCGGUAUCUGUACCGGAGAUCCAAAUCUUACGGCUCUUAAGGCAGAGCAAGCAGCUGCAACAAAUUCCAUUGUGAACAACUCAGAUUCGAAUACUCUUGGGCCACCACCUAUUGAGGAAACAACGCCACGGGGCCUCAAUAACUGGCGAGAGGCAACUGCUAGGGCGCAUACAUCAGCACAGCUGGCAAUGGCGCUUUACAUGCUGGAGGCCAGCAUCGCCUGGGACAAGAGCAUCAUGAAGGCAGUGAGUCUAACACCAGCUAGAAACUCGGUCUGCAUCAUGCUGCGAAACCGCUGCGUCUCACUCAAAGCUACCACUCAAUACAAUCAGCUAUUGACUACUACUCAGGCCUCUAAUUGCCAGUUCUGUCAUAGCGGCGACAACGAAGACAAACUACUGUUGUGUGAUGGUUGUGACCGUGGAUAUCAUACUUAUUGCUUCCGUCCAAAAAUGGAAAACAUUCCCGAUGGUGACUGGUACUGCCACGAGUGUAUGAAUAAAGCAACAGGUGAAAGAAAUUGCUUGGUAUGCGGUAAACGAAUGGGAAAAAAUUUAGUUCUAUGCGAAUUAUGCCCAAGGGCUUAUCAUACCGACUGCCACAAUCCUGUAAUGCCUAAGAUGCCUCGUGGAAAGUGGUAUUGUUCCAAUUGUCACAGCAAACAACCAAAGAAACGGAACAGUAGUCGAAGGAGUCAUACCAAAGGAGCAACAAGGGAUAGUGAAAGUUCUGACCACCCACCAACUAGUCCAACUCCAUCAACAGCGUCAAACACCCAUGUCGAAGAUGUUAGUUCCUCAGAGCCACCUACCCCUACUGCAUCACCUCGCAAAGAAGGCAAUAGCAGAGCACUGACGAAAAAGCAACAACGAGAAUUGGCACCAUGUAAAAUUUUACUAGAACAAUUAGAGCAACAAGAUGAAGCGUGGCCUUUUUUAUUGCCAGUUAAUACAAAACAGUUUCCAACGUAUAAGAAAAUUAUAAAAACUCCAAUGGAUCUCAGUACCAUUAAGAAAAAGUUACAGGACUGUGCGUACAAAUCAAGAGAUGAAUUUUGCAUUGAUGUCCGACAAAUGUUCAUAAACUGCGAGGUGUUCAAUGAAGAUGACAGUCCUGUCGGCAAAGCUGGUCACGGAAUGCGUAGCUUUUUUGAAAUGCGUUGGACAGAGAUUACAGGAGUGCCACCACCUCCUCCGCCGACGCAUAGCUGAGGCUCAGCACGCUCACGCAACAGCUGUCACAGUUUUGCGCACUUCUAUUACUAGUCCAAUGUAAGGUUUCACCAAAUGUAUAAUUACAAGAUCUGUCGUCCAGAUAUCUAUGAUUGUUUAGUACUGUUAUUGUUAAAAAUUGUGCGCUCGUGUUGAAUUCUUGUAAUGUUAACGAAAAAUACGAUUACCAGACAGUUUUGCAAAUAUUGAAAUACCGUAUUUAUUAUUGUACUUACUAUCGUAUUAGGUAUAUAAUACGAUAAAUUUACAUCAACAAAAGUUUUGAUAUUGUCAAGAGAUUCUGUAAUCACACCAAUGAAAAGCUUUAAUUUUUAUCUAACACAAUCAUCAAAUGUCCUUGCGACUUGCUUCCAUUGGCUCAGUGUAAAAGUAAAGUGUGGUCUCUGCGUUUUAGUAACAUAUCCUAAAUCAAUUAGUGGUCCAUUAUUGUCGACUCAAAUUUAUUUCGAGCUAAUUCUGACCUUAUUUUCUCGUAAUUUAUUACUGUUGGGUAUUUAGAUUUUGACAUUUAUGAUCAGUUAACCUUGAUAGCACAAAAUUUGCAUUUAUAUUUUAGGAAUGUGUCUGAAAUCAUUCGUAGUAUCGAUUAAGUUGUCAAAAUAUUUCUACAACAUUGCAUGAUGUUAUGGAAGUAAUUAAAUUUGAGUAUUUACUCUCGUAAAUCAUGAAAUUUAUGUCCCCACAUCGUGGACGUUUAUUUUUGUUUGCUUUGAAUAAUUUUAUCAGUGAGUAAUGUUAUUACCGACACACACAAAAUGUCAGCUAAAAUCUUGAGCAUUCUGUUGCAUCUGUGAUAAAUAAAAAAUGAUAACAUUUAUUGUAAUGUAGAUGAAAUUCAUUAUUUGUUGAUGCUGUAAUAGACUACGUUCAUACUCUCACAUCCUGCUUGUCAUUCAUUCUUUUAAUACUAGAAUUUCAGUAAUAAUUAGAACUCCACGAAUCUCUCUUGACAAAAGAAGUUUGGAAUAUAUUUUAGUAUAUUUCCUUUAUCACUCAUUUAUUCUGUCAUAAAUGCAACGCUCCAUUAACGACAGGUAUUUUGGAAAGCUGAGAGCUUGUUAUGCGUAGUGACAAAUAAAUCACUUUUGUUUAUUUGGUAAUGAAAAAUUAACAUCACAUCUCGUAUUUAUGAAUGAAAAUUUGAAACGUAGUGAAGUAUUGUGACUACUCGCAAAAGCACUUUUUAAAUCUUGGCAAGAUAUCUUUUCUACAAAAUUGAUCAAUCGACUGGUAGGAUAUUCAAUAUUUCAAUCUCAGUAAGGGUAUAUUUUUCGUUGCUGUGAACUAGGAACAACAAAGCUUAUGUGCCAAUUGAAAUGAAAUAGAUCGGAAAAAAAAUUUAGUCUCCUACAUUUUUUCAAUUAUGUAAAAUACUUGGAUACACUUCCAGCAGUUCGUGUUAUUUCGUUAAAGUUCGAACCUUGUCAAUACCAUUAAGUAUUUCUCUGCAUGUUUGAACGAAAACGUUGAUGAAUCAUUUUUUCCCUAUAGAUAAUAAUCUGAAUUAUUUAUCCACAUAUCUAUAAAUUUUUCGUGUGAUCGCUCUAUUUUAUUUUAGAAUCAUUCACCCAAUUUUCAGAGCUCACACGAAAAAACCUUAUUUAAAUGUUCUACUGAUAUUGAACAAACGGGACUUAUUCAAGUGGGAAAUUCUCGAAAUUAUAAGUAGAGACCGUGCAUCAUCGAAUUUUUAUCCAUGGCCUGCACUUAGUGGAGUAAACUUACAGUAUAGGUCAAAAUAUUUAGUCGAGUAUUCUCAUCGGAAUCAAACUUACUGAUGUUUCAUAAGAAUAAUUUGUGGCUACAGUCAAUAUGGGUAACAGAUCAUCUUUCUUAAAUUUGUCUGGAUAACAUACUUAAUAUAUGGCUAAGUAUUUCAAAGGAAUGAUAAUAAUUCACGUACUUAUAUUGCAAUAAUUUCUUGCCUAAACAAAUUUCCAAUAAUAUCAUGAACGUAAUAAUACUAUAGACAGAGAAAAAUAUUUUGCACAGUAAUGAAUACGGAGGCGAAUAAAAUUGUAAGGUUACUAUAGAAUUAUAAAAUUGUGUAGCAUAAUCCAAAUACAUUGGUAUAGAAUGAAAUGCCAUUCCACUGUUGACUAUUGUUUUCACAAUUUUUUUUUUUUUUUUAUUGCAUAGAGAAUCCUCUAAAUCGUAUUUGCUUGUCAGUAUUUUAAAGUUGUAAAGUGAAAUUAUUUGUACGAUGCAUUCAUUAUGAGACUUAAUAAAGUAAUUCUUAAUUUUAAAACACACUAUGCGUUUAAAGAGAAAUAUUUCGAAUUUGGUAUCUUGCGGAGUUCUAAAAUUGCUGAACGAGCAUAGUAAUUAGUUAAGAUUUGAUUAUACAUCCGAACUGUAUAUCACAAGCUAUCGAAACUUAAAAUGGCAUUACGGUCUAGCGUACGAAAAAAUAUAAUUUACAUAACGACUGAGAACAAGUCCAUGAAUUCACGUGUUCUUGAACAAAGCGUUUCAUGUAAGUGUAUAGAAAAUCAGUAUGUAAAACAUCAUUCAAGAUUAUAGAAUAAGCAUCUAGGAUAUGUGUGCGUCAUUUUUUUUUUUCGACGAUAUAUAUAUAUAUAUAUAAAAUAUAUGUGUAUAUAGAAUAAAAUAUGUUUGUAUGAUACGAACAAUGUUUUGGAAUGUGCAUACCUUAACAACGGUGAUUUGAUCCCGUAUCAAAUCGUAUUCUACUCGAAGUAUUUCGAAAAAAGUGCUCUGGUUACCACUGAAAAUGAAUUUUAGAAACUUAAUUGAUUGCAGUCUUGUGUGACGAAUCUGCUUUACAUUACACGUACAUGUUCAAACUAUGACGAUUUUCUGCAUGUUUGGUUAGACUCUGGUACGAUAAUCUAAUUGUACCGACAUGAUUUACGUCACAUAUUUUGGUAAUUCUACCAAACGCUCAUGAAAAAUUAUUGAACUUUCCAUUCGUCGUAUGAUAGAUAUUCUAAUAUAAAAACAAACGCUAAAGUAAAAGCUUUAGUUAUGCAGGAAGUGGGAAAAAUAUUGUGUGACAUUGAAGGUAACCAGAACUCUUCCAUCACGCUAUAUUCCGAUAUGAUACACUCUGUGUCUACCCUCAAAUGUGGAAAGUGGAACAUGGUUGUGCUUGUGAUAUUCGAUGUCUCUGAUUCUAUUCCAGGUUCAUCUUGCAAUGCAUUUUCCACGUUUGUUAAUCUAUAUCAAGAUGUAACAAGUGCCUACUCCUUGCUCUCAAUCAUUUGACAAAAAAAACUUAAGUUCAUGUUCCAUGUUCCAGGCAUAAUUUUGUUCUCUAAACGUACAACUAGUAUGAAAAGCUACUUCGCAGUGUGUGAGAUGUUGAUUUUGAGAUACUUGUAAUGUAACGUGUGAAUGAGUGUUGUAAUGUAUCGAACAAGUUAUAGUCUUUUAUAACCACAAGAAUGACCAUUGCGAAAAUGAUUAAUUGAAAUGUAAUAUCUUAUUUUGUAAGAAAUUGAUGUAAAUUAUUGUCAGUACAUUAGUUAAGGAAAAAAGUACAGUAUUUGCACAAAAAUCUAAUAUUAAAUAUGCCUACAAUAAGCGACAUAUAUUAGAUUAUAGUUGACGCGAUAGAUAUCACAAAAAAGUAAUUUUUUAAGGUAUAUUAAUUAUUUAAAUUAUAUAGUACAGUUAUUAGUACGAUAACAACGCUUUUUAUACGAACUUUAGUUAUAAAUGUCAAAUUAUCCGUUACGAUGAAACGAAAUGCAGUCGAAAAAAUGUAAGUUAAUAAUAAAUAAUGAUUGUCUAUAGCAUAAACAGAAGUAAUAUUAAGUAGCUAAUACGUGCGUGCCUAGACUUAGGCUCACAAUGCUAUGUAAACGAAUAAACAGACUUAAUUAUUGUAUUGAGAAAUAAUAAAUAAUCAGUAAUAAACAAA